GUUUGUGUCUGUCUAUCCAACUCGCAUCUCAUGGAGCGAACUGGCAUAUCACAACCCAGAACCACCUACCUCAUCUCCUUAACGCUGGUGAAGGUGGAGACAGCUGAGGACCAAGGGGUAGAAAUGGCCAGGCAAAGUGUGGAAGAGGCCACAAAUCAGGAUAGAGGAAACAAACCUCCAAAUGCAGACUCAAGCAACAAGGUUCUGCAUAACCAAAAACCAGAAGAGGUGACUGAGCAAGAGGCUGGGAAAGGUGUCCAGCUGAAAACAGAUCAGGAGAUACUUCCAAGCCCUGGGGACCAUAAAACAGUUUUUACAGAUGGUGCACACCCUGGUGACAAACAAAAAUCAAUAACCUCAUCUACUGAAGAAAGCAGCGAAGCAAAAGAAGCAACGGGACCAGAUCACACAUCCACAUCUAAGAAAGUAGCUGAACUUACCCAACCUCUAGCCAAAAACAAUGAAACAGGACAUGUUAAUAAACGCCCUGUGUCCCUUUUAAGGGCACACAGUGGUGCCCUCAGCGGUCAUGAACUAAGAGAGGUCAGAGACAACAUGCAUGCCUCAUCUAAGAGCUUGGACCGUAAGGACAGUAGAAGUAGUAUCCAGUCCCCUGCUAGCCCAGCUCCUAACACCUUCAGGGCAUCAUGGGCUGUGUGUGAGGCCAAGCCAUGUCAGGACGAUCUAAAAGGAGUUACUAAAACUAAAUCGUCCACAGAAGGAGCGAUAGCAAUGCGGACCCAGAGUCCCAGAGCAGAAAGACUUAAGGCAGGGUCAACAUCUCUUCCAGCUCCUGUCACUGUGAUCCCUAAGCCUCAGCGCAAGGGGAAGAGUCGAACCCUGGACAACAGUGACCUGAACUGCUUGACUGAGGAUCUCCUGAAAGGGAAAAGUGACUUCAGGGCAGGUCAAUCACAGGGGUCCUCGACUCGUGAUCGCAAAAUGCUCAAAUUUAUUAGUGGCAUUUUUACCAAGAGCACCCAAGUCACAGCCAGCGCUGGCACCGGGGUCCAAGUUCCUAGCUCCUCACGGAGGGAGUCCAGUGAGGAUGAAGCUUCCUGUGCCAACAGUCAGGAAUGGACCCUGAAUCGAUCGAUUCCAGAGCUGAGAUUGGGGGUGCUGGGUAGCACGAAAAGCGGAAAAUCUGCGCUAGUAAACAGGUUCAUCACAGGAAGUUAUCUUCCUCUAGAGUCACAUGAAGGUGGGAGGUAUAAGAAAGAGGUCCUGGUGGAUGGUCAGAGUCACCUGUUACUAAUUCGGGAGGAAUCCAGUCUUCCUACUGCCCAGUUUUGCAACUGGGUGGAUGCAGUUAUCAUGGUGUUUAGCCUGGAAAACGAAGCCAGUUUCCAGGAUGUGUACAAGAACUUCAGUGAACUGAGUGCUCACGGGAACACGGCAGACCUCCCACUAAUAGUUGUGGGAACACAAGAUAAAAUCAGCAGCACUAAUGUCCGUGUGAUCGAGGAUAAAAGAGUGCAGCAGCUUUGUGUGGAUGUCCGUCGGUGUUCUUAUUAUGAAACCUGUGCCACCUAUGGACUGAACGUGGACCGAGUCUUUACUGAAGUAUGUCAGAAAAUAGUCACAGCAAAGAAGCAAGCCACCCUACUGGCAUCCUGCAAAUCACUUCCCAACUCCCCAAGCCACUCUGGGGCCUCCACACCAGUGUCUGGUCCAUUCCCAGGACAGGCCAGUAAUGGUGGUCAGAGUAGUGAUUAUUCCUCCUCUUUGCCCUCCACUCCUGUGAUAAGUCACAGGGAAUUACGGGGAGGGGUAGGAGGAGAGGGAGGCUCUCAGAGAAUUUUACCGCGCCGACGGACCUCCUUAUUCACGAACCGCCGAGGCAGUGAUACUGAGAGGAGGACUCCAGACAGCAGAGCUGAUGCAGGAGGCAACAAGUCAGCUUUUAUCAGACAGGGCACAUUAUGGAAACGCAGUGAGCGCUCUCUGAACAAGGAGUGGAAGAAGAAAUUCGUCACACUUACAAACAACGGCAUGCUCAUGUAUCAUUCAAACAUCAGUGAAUACAAGCAGAACAGUCACAGUAAGGAAAUGGACCUGCGCCGGGUGACUGUGAAAGUACCGGGAAAGCAUAUGCACAGGGCAGCGCCCCCAACUGCUCCUGUCCCUGCCCCGGCCCCUGCCCCAACUCCUGGCCCUGGAGUCAAUGGACUUACAAAAGACAAGCUUGGAACUGAAGGAGGAAGCUCAACAUGUCUUCUCCCUGUGGAUGAGGUUACUGGCACUGGAGCUGCAUUGCAAGAUGAACAAAAAAUUAAACGCUGUCCUUCAUCUGUGUCUAAUAAGGCAAUAAGUAUUGAAUCAAGCAUUGAGGGAGCUACAAGCCCUCCUCCAUCAUCCCCCAUGACCGACAGGAAGAAGACCAAGAGAAAGAAAAGCAUGAAUGUUAAAGGAGACGCAGCAGCCAACCAGGCUGAGGCCAAGCGCAAAAUGUGGAAAUUAAAAAGCUUCGGUAGCUUGAGAAACAUUAACAAAACAGAGGAGGAGAAUGCAGACUUCAUCAUCAUAUCAAGCACAGGGCAGAGCUGGCACUUUGAAGCCCAGAAUCAGGAAGACAGGGACGCUUGGGUGCAAGCCAUUGAGAGUCAAAUCCUCGCCUCUUUGCAACUGUGUGAAAGUAGAAAUAAGACUCGAAGAUGCAGCCAGAGUGAAGCCGUGGCACUACAAGCCAUUCGCAAUGCUAAAGGCAAUGACCUGUGUGUAGACUGUGAUGCACCAUAUCCCACCUGGGCAAGUCUUAACUUAGGAGCACUGAUUUGUAUUGAGUGCUCAGGAAUUCAUAGAAACCUUGGGACUCACUUGUCCCGUGUCCGUUCCUUGGACCUGGACAACUGGCCCAGUGAGCUUACCAAGGUACUAAUGGCAAUCGGCAACCCGAUGGCCAACAGCAUAUGGGAAAAAUGUACAGAAGGCCGUCAAAAGCCAACACCUGAGGCAACAAGAGAACAGAGGGAGUCCUGGAUUCGGGCAAAAUAUGAGCAGAAGGUAUUUGUAGCACCCUUAACGACUGAAGAUAAGAAGCCAGAUGGGGUGACAUCAGCUCAACUGAUCAGCGCCAUUACCAGCAAAGACCUUCCCAGACUCCUGCUGCUUCUGGCCCACAGCACUAAGGAGCAACUCAAUGAACCUCUGCAGCCUCAAAGCCCCUUACAUGCAGCCUGCCAGAUUGGAGAUGUGGUUAUGACUCAGCUCCUAGUCUGGUAUGGUGGUGAUGUGAAUGCAAAAACUCCACAAGGCCAAACACCUUUUACGCUGGCACAACAAGCUGGGAGCCAGGAGUGUGUGGAGAUUCUUCGCCAACAUGGAUGCACCGAUGACACCUCACCCACUGCACCCACUCCCAUUUUGUCCCGCAAAAGUAGCAUCACAAGUCUCGGACGUGCCAACUCCAGGAGAAGGGUCUCAGAACAUAGAAAUACUUAAUGGACAAAAAUAUUCUUCCUUUCUGAAGAAAACAGACUUUUUAUUUCAUUUUGGUACAAAUGUGUGUAUGUCUGUGGAUGUUUUGCUCUGUCCUCAUUCAUAGCUGUCAAUGGGUUCCUCAAAGAAGGCAAAAAAAUGAUAUCAAAUUUCAGAUAUCAAAAUGUCAAUUUAUAAAAUCAACUUAGCCAGUUAGCUUGUUUCAAUGACUCAAAGCAAUAUUAUUAUACAGUACAUUGUAAUUAUAUCUAAUACAAAGUGAAAUGUAGCCUAGAGACUUUCACCAAGCAAUCUGAGCAAAUGUAUUCAUUACUGUUAUACUCAUAAACUGUCCCUUAUAUUAAACAACAUUGAUAAGGGGAAAUUGUUUAUAUGGACAGGGAAUAGUAUUUGUCAUUGUGCAGCAUUUUCAAGUACUAGAAGUAAUAAAAUUCAACCUUUAAUUUUUUGGGUAACAGCUUACUAUUUUAAAUGGAAAACUGCUCAAUUCGAAGUCCUGUAAGUGGACAAAGUAAACAGAGAUGGAACAAGACUAUACUGUGAAAUAUAUAAUAUGAACUCUGGAACCAAAAUCUUGGUCAGUAAUGUACAAC